AUGGCCGGUGCUGCGCGUCCAGUGCUCGCCGUGGUGGACCUCACAGCUGGGCUGGUGGGCUAUGGCGCGGCCCUGAGGCUGCAGGAGCGGCUGGCAGACCUGCGGCGGGAGGGUGCGGUGCCUGAUACACUGCUGCUGCUCCAGCACGAGCCCGUCUACACAGUGGGCAAGCGCGGCAGCCUGGCCGACUUCCGCAACGGGGUAGAGGCCGUGACCUCGCAUGGCGCUGCCGUGGCGCACGUGCCGCGCGGCGGCGAGACCACCUACCACGGCCCCGGCCAGCUGGUGGCCUACCCUGUGCUGGCGCUGCGCGGCCUGGGGCUGGGGGCGCGCGCCUACGUGGAGGCGCUGGAGGACGCCGUCAUCGCGGUGGCGGGCGCGUGGGGCGUCCCCGCGCGCGGCCGCGUGCCGGGCCGCACCGGCGUGUGGGUGGGGGAGCGCAAGCUGGGGGCGGUCGGCGUGCGCAUCAGCCGCGGCGCGACGACGCACGGGCUGGCGCUCAACGUGGACACGGACCUGUCGGCGUUCGCCGCCAUCGUGCCCUGCGGCGCCCCCGACCGCGCCGCCACGUCGCUGGCCGCGGAGGUGCGCGCCGCCGCGCCGCUGGGGCUGGCGGCGCCGGCGGCGCAGCUGACGGAGGCGCUGGCGCGGACGCUGCGGUGCGGCGGCGUGGAGCGCGUCGCCGGGCUGGGCGGCCUGUCACCCCUGCUGGCGGAGGAAUUCGCCUGCCUUAGCCAGGGUAGUGCUGCCACCGCUGCUGCUGCGGCUGCUGCUGCCGAUUCUGUUGACGCGGCAGCGUUGUAA